CGCGCAGUUUCGCUUUCCUCGAAGGGGAGGCAGCAAUGCAAGAGUGCGCAGUUUUAAAAAAAGGCUGGAAAGUGGCAGGAAUCCGCAGCCAAUCGAGGAGCGCGAAGGGUUUACAAGUCCCUCCCCCCGAUCUACCUCUCACUGAACACAUACAGUGUUUUGGCUCCGCCUCUAAGUUAACCGGGAAGGAACCGGCCGCCGGAAUCUCAGAAAGUACGACCUCAUGGAAACAAAUUCUACAAGUCGAAGAUAUGAAACAAGGAGAAACGCAAGAGCAAAAGAACCCGUAACCAAAUCUCGGGUCGAUUGGAAUCGGACCAAGAGAACCGGACUGUUUGACAGUGAGGAAGAGGAUGACGAAAUCACAUCGACGUCAGAAAAAGAAAGUCAAACCAGUUCAGAAGACGAAGCGGAAGAAAAAGGUGAAUCUGUGGUUAGCAAAAGCAAAGAAGAAACCACAGUUAACGGGGGAAGCGUUCCAGUCGUAGAGGCAGGCUGUGGGGGCACCGCAGAAGAAGACGUGGAAGAAGAAACGGUGGUCCCGGGAAAACUCAAGAGGUCACGAUCAUCAGUGAUGCAUAACGACAGCCGUAUGCGAAGCUGACCGCUACAGCUGCAUUUGUAUUAGAAAAGUGCUUUGCUAAACGCGAAUUGCAUUAAUAGACGAUUUGUGAAGCACUCUCCCGCUGAGCAGGAGCGGCGCACGACGCCUGCGGAAGAAACGAAAAGAAAACAGCAACGGUUGAUGAAGCUGCAAGAACUUUCCCAGCGGCGAUCGACUCGGACUCGGAGUGACAGAAGCCAUCACGAGGAUGUUGAAGAAGUAUUAGAAGAUGCUUAUCCAUCAUCCUUGAGUCCCUCUGAAAUCAGUGAUUCAGCUGAUGAGGACAGCAUGAAGGAUUUCAUUGUGGAGGAGGAAGAAGGCAAAGAAGGGGAACGAGAGGAAUCCCAGGAUGAUGAAAGCCAGCCACAAGAGAAGAAGUAUUCCAUGUCAAGUGAAACGCUGCUGCAGCAUUAUAUUCCAGGCUUGUAUCACGUUGAUCCUUCUGUCCACUUGGAAAGAAUUGUGAGGGCCUUUCUCAUCAAUGUGGUGGAUGACAACUUUUUGAUCUCAUUAUAUGAAGGAGUAAGGCAGAAGAAGUAUGCACAAGAGAUGCUGACUUCGCUUCAUUACUUGGAUGAUCGCUUUAUUCAACCCCGUCUUAACAAUUUGCUUGCCAGAAGUCGGUGGAAAGAGCGAUAUAAGGAACGUGUGGAUACUUACCCUGAUAUGUACAUCAUUUAUGGAGACUCGGAACGACGUGCCUGUCAGGCCUGUGAACUGCAGAGGUACUGUACGCUUACAGUGGUUCUGUCGGGAAAAUCGUACGAUAGCAAUACAAUGGAAACAGAUGACUUCAUGUCACAUGACAAACAGAGAUUAAAAGUUGGGAGCGUGUGUGGAAGUCGUACCGAAGUUUAUCACAAUCUGAAGCAUUUUAAGUACAAGUUGUACAAGGAUUGCUGCUGUGUUAUGAAGAACGACGGAGUUCAGGAUGAGCCACUUAAAGACACAGUAGUCAGAGUCUUCAGUCGGCUGGAAGAAGAUGGCUGGAUCCAGAAGCACUAUACAGAGCUUGAAGGCUACAUGAAUGACGCAGACUUCUUCCAAGAGGAAAAAAUGGACUGAGCGUACAUGUUGCAUCUUCCGCAGAUGGAUGUUUGUAUGCAUUCUUUAGACUGCUGGUUGCAUUUGAAGACAUUCCUGCAUUCUUGCUUUCCUUUAUUCUGUGUUUCUGUAAAUUAUGAAACGAAUCAAUGGUAAUUUGCAUGUUUCAUUUUAAUUAUCAGAGCUUUUAAUGAAAAAAGUUUUAUAUCGGAAAUCAUGUGCUAUGUGUUGAAUGUGCUGGUCUACAAUAAAAAAAACCCCACCCCUGAAUAACUAGGACUUCAUUCAAGAAAAUGGAACUUUUUUCUGCAGCGAUACCAGGUGGAUUGUGCCAGUGUUUGAGAAACGUUUGGCUCCAGUUUCUUUUUGUGGAAGAACGAUCUGUACAGUGACAAGUCGAACAGCGUCUAAGCAGCAUGCUGUUUUCCCAGCACAUUUUCUUAAAAGUUGCUGUAAGCGUCAAAUAUUUUUUUCAGACCCCAGGGGGGUGGCGGGAAACAGCAGUAACAGAUUCUCUCUGAAACCAGCAGGCCAUCAUUAUUUAUGCAUCCCGGAGCCCCAGAAUUCACACUUAUGUGUAACCAGCGCAGUCAAAAAAUCUCUAACGUUAUUGGCAUUUACCAACGCAAAACAGAAGAAGAAAAUUGGACUAAGUGUGAAGCUGAGCGGCGCUAAAAUAAAAGCAUUUAAUCAUUUCUAUAA